AAGAAGCAUCGGUGGCAGUAACUGUCAUCACUGUGAUUCAUUGCAAGAGCUACCGGAGCAGCCAUAGCAGCCAUAACUAAAUGCUGCUACCGUUGGCUAAAGCUAGCUAGAAGGUGCUAGCGUUAGCUAACGUCAUUCUGCCAGGCUGUGUGUAUUCGGCUGUAGCUAAAGCAUGAGCAUAGCACGGCAAGUCCUGAAUUGCUCCAAGUUUGCCUGUCAUUCCGCUAAAAUAAACUGCAGAAGAAGGUUUUGUACUUCACAGCAUAUUAUGACGUCACGGCACACACACUCAAAAAGAAUUGAGGGACUGGACAAGAAUGUCUGGGUGGUGUUUACGUCAGUGGCAGCGGACCCAUCCGUUGUCAACCUGGGCCAAGGCUAUCCAGACAUCCCUCCACCUUCUUACGUCAAGGAGGCACUAGCGGAGGCUGCAUCAGUGGACAGGAUGAACCAGUACACCAGAGGCUUUGGUCAUCCAUCUUUGGUGAAGGCCCUUUCUCAGGUUUAUGGGAAGGUCUAUGGGCGCCAGAUUGACCCCUUCAAAGAAAUCCUGGUCACAGUAGGAGGUUACGGUUCCUUAUUCAGCACCAUGCAAGCACUGGUGGAAGAGGGAGAUGAGGUCAUCAUAAUAGAACCUUUCUUCGAUUGCUACGUACCAAUGGUGCGAAUGGCAGGGGCCAAGCCUGUGUUGAUACCGUUACGCCUUAAGUCUGGAAAGAAGACAAUCACAAGUGCAGACUGGUUUCUUGACCCAGAUGAGCUUUCCAGUAAAUUCAACUCUAAGACAAAGGCCAUCAUCAUCAACACCCCCAACAAUCCUAUUGGGAAGGUUUUCACUAGAGAUGAGCUGCAGAUGAUUGCUGACCUCUGUAUUAAACAUGACACUCUGUGCUUCAGUGAUGAGGUCUACGAGUGGCUCAUCUACAGGGGACACCAACAUAUCAAAAUUGCCACUCUGCCUGGAAUGUGGGAUAGAACCAUCACCAUCGGCAGUGCGGGGAAAACAUUUAGCGUUACUGGAUGGAAGCUUGGUUGGUCUAUAGGACCUGAGCACUUGAUGAAGCAUCUUCAGACCGUCAUGCAGAAUACUCUGUACACCUGCCCAACACCUUUACAGGAGGCUGUAGCACAAGGUUUGCUCCGGAACUUUGAGCUGAUGGGUCAGCCAGAGUGCUACUUCUCCUCACUGGCAGAAGAACUUGAGGGCAAGAGGGACCGCAUGGCUGCCAUCCUGCAAGAGGUUGGUAUGACUCCUGUCGUCCCAGAGGGAGGCUACUUCAUGCUUGUGGACGUCACAUCUCUCAAUCAGGACCUGUCACAUAUGGUCGAUGACGAAGCCUACGACUACAAGUUUGUGAAGUGGAUGAUUAAAGAAAAGAAACUGGCAGCCAUUCCAGUCACAGCGUUUGUUGGAGAGGAGUCCAAGAAGCAGUUUGAGAAAUAUAUUCGCCUUUGCUUCAUUAAGCAAGACAGCACUCUCGAUGCAGCAGAAAACAUCUUGAAAAACUGGAGGAAGAUUUAAUGGGAUGCAGUUUCUAAAGACUCCAGCACAAUUUCAGCGAGGAGGAACAACUGUGAACAAACUGAAGGAACGGGAUUUGACUGCAAAAUUGCGCACAAACUGGAAAUCGGUAAAAUGCUAACAGUGAACAGUUAAUAGUAAAAUGCCUGUCCAAACUUUCACCUGUUUUAAGGGAGAGAAUCCUCAAGUCAACAUGACUGACAGGAAGUGUUCUGAUAAAUCCUGUAAGGUGUGAUGUGAGAUAACUAAGGUGUGAUGUCAUUUGUAUCCAUUAUCCCACAGUGGAUAUAAACAACCCCUUGUUCAUGGUCAUACUGUAGAGAUUAAUUUAGCAUUUUUGAAAGUUAAUAUUUGCAUAGGGGUUUAACAUGACACACAACAGAUGGGUUCAGUCAAAGCAACCCCUUGCUUACCUUUCUGCUGUAACUGUGCCCUGUCUUUAGUUUCUAAUAAAACUAUGACGCUUUGUGA